CAACUUGGUCUGGAGAUGCAGAAGACCAACAAGAAAAAGCGAGCUCAGAGGACCAGAGCGACCCUCCCGAAAGCAGCUCAUCACCUUGCUGUGCACACAGACAGUAAUUCUCGCCUUGUUCCUACUCUUCGGUUGGAGCCCAGUGCAACAUUCUCCAUCGCCAACGGUACCAGAGGGACCCAUUUCAUAUUUGGAACUGCUGCUAGUGCUGCUGCAGUAACAGCCCUCCGAUUGGCUCAGAUUGCAACUCAGGCGCAGGUUGCUCUCCAGCAGCUCGCUACUUUAGCGACCAUUACUGUUGGCAACCAGUGUCACAACAACGGGAUUGCAGUGGCUUUACCUCCUCAUCUGGCCCUCCUCAGUCUUCUCAAUAGACAGCAAGUGACAACUGUUGGAUUUAACGCUGACACAAACGGCAAAACUUACAGAAACACACAACCGUGUCUCUCUGCUGCAAUGUAUCACCAUCACUCCCAGCAACAGGGGUCACAGUCCUUCUCAAAUGGGCCAAGGCCUCCCCAUCAUCAUCCACCUCCGAACCAACAUCAGAAUCGCCCUUCUGAUAUGCUCUCACAGGCGAUGGGUUUCCAGUUUCCUCGUCCCACCCAGCUGCCUGAUGAACUAGAGUCUGCCCUGGCUAUCCGUGGUGCUAGGGACAUGGACCAUCGGCUCAUGGAUCACAUGAGCCAACCAAACCAACAACAGAACCAAAGCUCAGGUUCUGGGAUUAGUCAACAUGGAAGUUUUGGCUCUAACCCAAUGACACUGAACUCGGAUAAUCAGUCUGCCCAUCAGCAAGGAGUAGACUGGUCAAGCUACCAACCUCCAACCAAACUGUUUUCCGGUCCUGCACCACGUGGUGGUCAUCAGACCCAACGUCACCAGGGGCCUCAAAUGCAGCCUCAGAGCAGCCACGCAGGAUCCAGCAUCCAAAGUUGGAAACACCCAAGUGACUCACAGUCGGGCCAAGCCCGACACCCACAAGGUGGUGGGGAAAGUCAAAGUCAGGGUAUGUACACACCAGAAAGUGCAGGUAGUAUCUUGGCAAGCUUUGGACUUUCAAAUGAGGACUUAGAGGUGCUUAGUCACUACCCUGAUGAUCAGCUAACCCCUGAUACUUUACCAUUUAUACUCCGUGAUAUUCAGAUCAACAAGUCAGGGAUUUCUGCUUCUACAUCCUCCUUAACAAGUGGAAUCCAAGAAAUGCCGCUGCAUCCUUCUCGCUCUGCGUCGGGGACUCGAUCACGCACCCCAGAGGUGCCCAGCCUUCUUACUGUUACACAGACUGCCGGUAAAGUAAUUGACUAUGGUCAUGCGAGUCGGGCAAAGGACGAAACUAGUACAAGAAAGACUUUCAAAAGGGAGCAGCUUUCAAGUGAAAGGACAGUUAAAAUGUACCCAUCUUCAUUGCAUCCCUCAUCAGCUCCAAAACCGGGAAAAGCUGAAAGGCGGCAGGUGCGUUUGGAACCUACUGAACCAAGCAAGCACGGAGAUCAGGACUAUCGCAGGACAAGUAGCGACGACCAUCGCAAGAAAAAUCGGUCACCUGGGAGAGAAUUUCAGCCAUCAUCCAAGCCUCGUACACUAGACCGAGACUACAGGCGGGAAGCACCGAAACCUAGGCCCUUAUCUGAAACCAGCAGUGAGGCUUCCUCAAGACGAUCUCUCUCCUCUUCGUCCAGCUCAAAACCACACGGCAGCAGCAAGAAGUUACCUACCCCCACCAUGAUAAGUGAUUUCUCAGCUGUGUCUCCAAAGGUGUAUCCCCAUACCUGCUCACUGUGCCACACACAGUGUGAUCAGGAAAAGGACUGGGUUGACCAUAUAAAAACCGUAGAACACACCGCUGCCUGCCGAGACCUGCGCAACAAGUACCCCGACUGGAAGCCAACUUUACCAAGUCGGAGUGAACGACAUGGCAGCCGAGCCGAGCAUUCUCUGUCCCGAUCUGUGUCGUGUUCUCAUUCCCCAAGUCCACCUUACGUCAAACACAGGGCGGGCCCCCCUCACCACAGGCUGCACGGGAGGCCGUUCUCACCUCACUAUCACCCUCAGCCUCGCCCUCGCCAACAACACUACACAGGUGAUUCUCGCAGUUGUCUGAAGCGACCAUAUGAUGACGCCAGCCGACAUCCUUCCUCUUCAAAGGCGGGCCACAGCUACAAACAUGGACCAUCACAGUCCUCUACCAAGGUUUUCAAGAGCGGGAAGCCUGGAACCAAGAUGACGAAGACGCCCAGUGGCAAGGCCGCUGACACAUCUGCCAAACCUCCACCAGCCAAGAAAAAGAAGAAAGUGGUGACUCCAGCCUCCCAGGACUCUUCUGUGGCGAAUCGUUUGGUUUAUCUGACGGGAAUCCCAAAGGAUGCUUCAGAACAAGAAGUUACCGACUUGGUCGGGUCCUUUGGGAAAAUCAACAACGUGAUCCUCAUGCCGUGCUCCGAGGAGGAGAGUGAGAAGGGCGAAGGACAAAAGGCGUCGGUCUGCAUGGUGAAGGCUGAAGACGCUCAGGCCCUGGCUAACUCUACGAAUCUCUCCAUCAGAGAGCAGAAAAUCACUGCGUCAACAGCCAAGAAACCUGAUGAAGUGAAAUCUCCUGAUGCCAACAACAGCAAAUCUGUUGCAGGACCAGAAAAAGAAGAUGCAAGGGAAGACGCUGGACCAGAGUCUGACCUGAAAACUUCAGAAGAGAAAGGCAUGGUGCUGAUCACAGGACUUCCUGAGAGUGGCUGGACCGAGAGUGACAUCAUCAAACUGGUCCAACCUUAUGGCACGCCGUCUGACCUCAUCCUAGCGACGCAAAUCGGAAAGGUGCUUGUGUCAGUGCCGGACGUGGACACGGCACAGGAGAUGGCUAAAGUUCACGCCUUCAUGCCUGCAAAGAUCGGAGAUGCUAAACUGAAGAUAACUCAUCUCAAACAGAGCGUUACUCUCAGCACACCGGUUGCUCUCUACAAUCUCCUGAUGGGAUCAGCAGCUCCAUUAGAGAGUCCCGCUUCGGUCGGCUGGAGCAGCCUGUUGGUGAUCAGUAACGUUCCCAACACGCCGUCCGGCUCCUCUGAGGUCCAGAAACUGGUACGACGCUUCGGCACCGUCAUCAAGACACUGGUGCUCAACAGCAUGGUCAUUUGUGAGAUGGCGACUGCAGCCAUGGCGCUCUCUGUCUACAAACGCUUCCAGACUUUUCCAUGCAUCAUCCAGAACAACCCUCUGUUCUUCUCCCGCAAGCCCGACCCCAGAGCCAACACACAGUCCAAAGUCAUCUCUGCAUACCUGGAUCCAACGGAGGAAACAUCUUCAAAUGGCAAAGGCAGCAAAACGCCAACAGAUGCAGAGGAAGGGAAGCCAGCAGCCAAAGAAGAUUCUGGAUCUUCAAUGGAGGUGGUGGAAAAAGAAACAAAUGGGAAAGAGGAAAAGAUGAAGGGCACCGAGGAGAUGGUUGUUGAAGAUGAAGGUUUGGGAGAAAACGGGAAUAAAGAUGACAACAAAGAAGUCAAAAAAGACGAGCUCAUGAAUGCUGCUUCUGAGUCUUUGGAUGCACCAGACCCAGACUUUAAGCAAAACGUGACAGAAACAGCUGUUGCCGUAACUGUAAUGGAAACGGCAGAGGAAGACAAAGGUGUGGCUAAAUCUGCAGCAGGAAAUGAAAAAACUGCCGCUGCCGGUGAAGAGGCGAAGACAUCGAUCUCUGACGGGAAAGCAGCUUCCCAGGAGACACCUGUGGCAGAGCUGCCAAAGGUAUGUCAGGAGAUGGGGAAGACGCUACAGGAGGAGUGCAAAACAAGCACGGCUGCAAAAUCCAACAACACUACAGCUCCAACCAACAAAGAAGAAGGAGGGGCGCAACCGGAGAAAGAACAGGGUCAAAAAGCAUCUGCAGCAGAGACUAAAGAGCCGGAGGCAAAGAAGAAGGAGAGGGAGGGGAAUAAGGAGAGAGAGCUGAAAGAGAGGGAGAGGAGGGCCUUGGAGAAGGAGGAGAGGGCAAGAAAGGAGAGGGAGGAAAGAGCCAGGAAAGAGAGGGAGAGAAGGGAGGAGGAGAGGAGGGAAAGAGAGAGGAGGGAGAGGAGGCGGAUGCAUGGAGAAGGCUCCAGAGGAUGGAGGUCAUCCAGCAGGUCAGACGGAUACAAGCAGAACUCUGAGAGGGAUGAACAGAAAAAUAACUCUGAAGCUACGACCAAAAUGGUGGAGAAGGAAGAGGAGGAGGACUUCGACGAGUUCCCCUUCAACUUCAGUGACUUUGUGACGGUGGAUGAAGUGGGAGAUGUGGCCGACCUUCCCGCCUCACCAUCCUCUGAUGUCCCCAUGGAAACUAAAGAUGGAGAGGAGCAUGCUCCUGUAUCGGUCCAAAAGGAAGACUCAGAGGAAACACCCACUGAGGUAACCAUGGGAACAGGAACACCAGAUGCACAAGUGACCCUUCUUAAGUCUGAGGCUGAAUCAGAAUCCACUCCUGUGAACGUGCCGGCAGACGGUUUGGUGUCAACAGACGAGUCGCCAGAAACCACACCGACGGCCUCUCUGGACUCUGCCACAAAGGUCGAGCCGCUCCUCGCUCCUGCAGACUCCUCCUCAAACAGUCCAGAGACAGAGGUGGGGGCAGUGAAGGCCGAGAAAGAGUGCGAUAAUGCUCUCAGUGACCGUCAGAUUAAAGAGGAGCAGGAGGAGAUGGUGGUGUCGAACAAAACAGAGGGCCAGGAGAAGAUGCAGGAGGAAGAGGACAAACAGACCAGAGCUCCUGCUGCAGAGACGGUAAAACAAGAGAAGUCUGAAGACCAAACGAACACAGAAGAGGAGAGCCCCAGGAAGAAAUUAAAGACAGAAUCUUCCUCCGACUCCCUCCCUCACUUUGACCCCAGUUGCCCAGUUGGUAUGGAGUUCUUGGUCCCAAAAACAGGUUUCUUCUGUAAACUGUGUAACAGGUUCUUCAGCGGAACCAAAGAGGCUGAGAUCAGCCACUGCAAAACCUUCAAACACUACGACAACCUUCAGAACUUCUUACAGAGCAGGAAGACGGCCGACGACGCCAGCUGAGUGACGCUCUGAGACUGAAUCGCCCAUUCCUCUUUUGUAUGGUCUCCUCAUUUCUCUCUCCAAGGGUCCAGAUUCUCACAUUGAUGUAGGAUAGUUUCAUGAAACGUCUGUUUGGAACUGAAUUUUCUUUUAACGAUUAAAAGAAACCAUUAAAAACUGUAAAGUGGACACUUUGUUGCAAAUAAACUUAUUUAAAAUGUCA